AUGUUAAUAAUGAUGAUGAUAAUUUUAUAUCAUUUAGACGCGCAAGUCUCUUUUGUGUUGACCCCUGCAAACCCUGUACAAGCUCUACAAGGUGCUAAUGCUACCCUAUAUUGGGACUACACAAGCAACAGACCACUGACAUUUGCCCAAUGGGGGACUACGGAUAGCGAAAGCAAACUUCAAACAAUCAUAGCACAACAAAGAGGAAACGGCGAAGUAGAGUAUCUCUCACUGAAUUACAGAGGGCGAGCCACGAUACAAGGGAGAGCUUCUCUUAUAUUGAUAAACGUGAAAGAGAGUGACAGCGGCCAAUAUGGAUGCCAUCUGACGUUCGACGGUGUCACAAUCAUUAACUCUACAAGUUUGAUUGUCUCAGGUAAAGUUGCGUAAAAACUCUGCAUGGUCCAGUCUUCAGAGCGGCCUCAUUUUAACUCCUCUUUGACUGUAUAAAUAUAAAUAAAAGCAGGGCAGCGGCAUAAAACAGAACCUAUUUCCCUUACAGCUUUUCCAUAAAAUAACUUUAUAGUUCUAAAUAAUAAACAAUUAUAUGAGGCUAUAUUCGUUUUCUUUUGUUUCAGCCCAAACCACUACAACGCAAGCCCCAACUGUUGCAGGGUUAGAAGAUGACGAAAACACCAACUUUCAUCCGAUUUACCUAGCGUUUGUUGCCGUGGUUUUAAUCCUCAUCGUCCUCGUUAUUGUUUAUUUCUUUGUUAGUCGCAGACGAAGAGGUAAGUACAGGGAAUGAAGUUCAAAUGUACACCAUCAUUAGUUAUACCCAUAGUCACACUUUUUUAUCACGGCGGAAAGAAAAGGUUCAGAGUGGUUAUACGUUCCAGGAGUGACGGCAUUAUAUAGGUAAGAAUUAUUUUACCAGGUUUGGCAUUUUUGUGUCUAAAAGAACUGUCCGCGGCUUGAAAAAGGUGUCCCCCAAUAGAGAUGUGGAGAACUAGGGAUUGUGUUACAUUUAGUUUGUCACAUAUCCUUGAUAACAAGAGAGUUGUCAGUAAAAGUAAUAAUUGGGUAAGCGUAGAAUAUACCCUCACUGAAAAAGUUCUACUCUACUUGCAAUUGUAGCAGUUUCCUCUCAGUGAUAGCCUAAUGUAGAACUUUGGUGGUAUUCAGAGGGAGCAGCGUUUGUAAUUUCUCUCAUAAAUCGAGGGAUAGCGCCCUUACAUUUGUCUAUUCUGGUGGAUAAAAAUGCAAAUGGUUUUCCAGUUGUCUCUUAACUUAUGACAGUCUGUUUUUUUUAUUCUAACAAAAAGAACACAAAAGGGGAGGGAGGUGGUGGGGACGAUGAGAAGGGAAAAUACUUAGUAGAGGCACUGUUUCUCCGUCCUUUGUCCCCUCAGUGAGUGCGCAUGCCUUGACGCGCUAAAUCAUUAGUCUCUUGCUGCUUUUGAUCCUGUAUGUGAAUCAUCGGAGAUGACUGGGGACGAGUAAGAUCGAAGCGAGCGUAUUUUAAACGGUAAUGAAGGAGCUGCUCGUAGGGUCUCUCCCGAUUCGCUCUUUUAAACAAUGGUAAUUCAUUGUUUAUUAUUGUUUUCCACUGUUUUCCGGUUUGGGUACAAAAGAAUUGGCUUUCAGCUUCCGAGCAGCUGCUACAUGACCAUAAUUAUGGUAAUUACUAGAGUCUGUUCCCAAUUUGCUGUUCAGUUCCUCUUUUCUACCCCUUAAUGGAAUGCAUGCAUCUAAUUUAUCAAGGAAUGCACGCGAUUCCUGCAUCACCUAACACGACCACAUAAGUUGGUAACUAAACUACCUCCUUUCCUUUUUGUAGCACCAGUUGUCAUCGAUAAAAGGUAUGUGUUACUGAAAGUAGAAAAGGGGUACAAAAAAAUCUUAAAAUUUAAAAAAUGAGUAAGGCAGGAGACUAAACAAGGAAAGGAGGUGUAAUUUAGUACUUUCUCAACCAUCAACAAUUAACGACGUUCUUGUUGUAAUAUAACAAUAAUCUGUAAAUCAUUUCAAGUCAGAUUAAAAAUGUCACUAAUCAGCCCUGGCGUGUGGUUUUCCGUUUCCGAGAUUAGUCCCCAUGUGAGCAUUCAGAAGUAAGGUUCUUAUUUCCCAGUUUCUACAAACAUGAUAUCAUACUAAAUCUUUCACAUAGGCACUAUUCUAACAUGUCACAAAUGUAUUUCCUUCCUCUAUAGAAAUUCUCGAACAUUUGGUCCAGGUGUAAAUGGAAUGGAAAUGGUAGGAAAAAAAAUUUUUGCCCAUACUUGUAACAAAGAUAGAUAAACCAUUUUCCUAGUAACGCGUUUAAAUAUUGCAUGUGUACAAGGUUUACCCGCUAUAAGUACAUCUUUUGAGUUAAACUAUACAGUGUUACGUUCAGUAGUCGAUAGUAACUUAACCUUGAAAAUGUCAAUUCAAUCUACGUACACCCCAAGUUCAGGACAAGAUAGUGAAGUUGGUUGCAUUCCACCAUUCGGGAAAUUUGCUGUGUGGUUAUUACCCAUGGAAAGACUUUGACGUAGAAAACGUGUAAUAUCACUUAAAGAAAAAAAGGUAUAAAAUUCAGAGUCGCAAAAACGCAUAAUUUUUAAUUGUCGAGAUCGACGUAUUUACUACUGGUGGAAAAAGCAGCAAGGUCAGGAAAUUAUUGCGAGUCAGAGCGAACUUAUUUUAGUUAUAGCCUCGAUGGCUCUUUCGCCUCCCAGAGUUUCAGGCAAAAUGUUUUUUUCCAGGAAACUAAACGGGUAACUAACCUAUUGACUGAGACCUUGUGGUCUGUAUAAGAUUCUGGAAAAGUCCACCCAUGACCCCUCCCCUCAACCGAAAAUGCUUUAAGGGAGGGAUAGGUAGGUAGAAACUCAAUGCGGUUUUUCUGAUCAUGGAGCUUAAGAAAAGACGUUUUUGAAUGAAUGAAUGAAUGAAUGAAUGAAGAGUCGUAGAUGAGAGGAAAACAGACGUACCCUCUUACAAUACAUAUUAACAUGUCAUCAGUAAUCUCGGACGUCAGCAUACAAAGGCGCCACCGGCAGCCGCCUUCAGUCCAUUUAUGAGCUUAAUAUACCCACCCAACCCAUGCUGUGAAUGAUGUGAUAUGUGAGGGUUGACCACAACACCGGGUUCUACGUCCCCUACUCUUUUCGAACAGUGGUGGGGGUUCUUUUACGUCCCACAAGAACCAGAUAAGUGUAAGUGCUGUGAGACGGGACCUACGGUUUUCGUCCUUAUCUGAGAAGAUUAGAAAGUCUAACCGUUCGCAGAUGUCUUUACAAAGGCAGCACUUUCUUCUCAGUUAUUUAAAGACCCUGAGUGUUGGUCCGGCUAGGGAUCGAACCCGAGACCUCCCCCUCAGCAGACCAGCGCUCUCCCAACUGAGCCGAACAGGCGACGCACAUCAACCGGAAGUGAGCCCUUCUCUUUUUUCAUAUGCCUUGACGAUAACAAAUUUGUAUUGCAAAGUUUGUUUUCUCUUAUGAAGACGAUUUACCCGAGAGUUUUUAGUAACCAAACCACUGCCCAAUGAUGCAAAAAGUCCACUUCCGGUUGACGUCCGUCGCUCAAAAACGCUGUUGCUUAAGCUCCCUAAUACUUGCUCUUAUAACUAGAAUCUGCUACCAUCAACAUACACAGACGUCGAAGUAGAUAAAAGUCUUAACGAGCCAUAUGACUCUGCGCGUCAAGAUUAUUGCGUCAUACCACCUUUAAUGCCUAAUCCAAACGAGAAGGACUGGGAAAUUCCGCUGGAAAGCGUUGUAUUGGUGAAAGUAAUAGGCAAGGGAGCAUUUGGCCAGGUCGCAAAGGGCAUGGUGAAGGAGUUCGACAAAGACAGUGGGAAUCGCCUCGUCGCAAUUAAAAUACUAAGAGGUAAGGCUAAGUAAUUAUACUGUUAUAAAUAUGCCUUAUCAAGGUUUUGGAAGCCAUCUUAAAGAGUAGGCAACCGCGUGAGAAAUUACAGUGUUUGUAUGAGAAUCUAAUGUCCAAUAAUUUCCUUAAAACCGCUUGUUCUGAAAAAAAUAAUAAGGCCUAUUAAAAAUGGUCAUUUUGAUAUGAUUCAUUUACCUAGAAUUGUCAAGAAUGCAUAGACUUUGUAUAGACUUUUUAAAAAAGGUCACAGUUAUCGAACAAGGUGUUUUCAAAAAACAUGGAUUUUUGCAGAUAACCCCACUGAUGAAAAUAGACAAGACAUUUUGGCUGAGCUGAACACGAUGAAGAAGCUUCCACCACAUCAAAAUGUGAUUCAGUUGCUGGGUUGCGUCACAAAGACAGGUAUGAAAAGCAGAGAUGUACAGAAACUUCCUUAUUACAAUGUCUCCAAUAAACGCUACGUCUUCUGGGGUAGCACUUUUCACGGGACGUAUAUCUGGCAAAUUCAUAUCACCUUUGAGGUACAAAUAGCAGGGGAAGCGAUUAGAAAUUAGGUUUGAUGUACUAUGCUAUGAUGUUUUAAAAUAUUAUAACUCAGAAAUACUAAUUAAAUGGUAAUAAAGUAGGGCAGACCUUGCAAAGUUGUUACAGUAAUUGGAUGGGAUAACUUACUGUGACUCUGAAAUGGCCCUCAUCAAUACUUAAACUGAAACAUUUUGCUGAUUUUAUUUGUUCUGCUUUGUACCUGCAUUUUUGCAGGCAAAUGGGGCUUGGCCUCAUGUUGUCUAAGACCUCAAAAAGCUUUCAACAUAGUAACCAACCUUCACCAAAUCUGGGUAAACAACGUCUAUGGAAUAAACGAGCAUCUCAGAAGUGCGGAAGAGGUUUUGGCUUAAGUCUACGGUUUGUGCACCUGGAAAUAAUUAGCAUAGUAAGAUUGUGAGUAAUCCGUGUCACCCCUAAAUCAUCCUGCGUCGAGCCUAGUUGCUGUGUUGUACUACUUUUUGCAAGUUACUUUUAGGUCAAGUUAGUUUUGUACGAUGCCAAAAUGACUUAAAAUAUCGUGGCACAAUUCCUUUGAAGGGUAAAGAAUUAGAUUGAGGACCGUGACUCUACGGCUUAUUCCCUGAAUGUAAUUGCAACUUAAGUGACCAACAUCAAUUUUCUCCUGACGAUACCCAUACAUUGUGAAGAGAUUAGGUUAUGAGAACUAAUAAAAUGAUCACCCCACAGAAAAUGCUUUGAUAUUUUAUCAAAUUCUCUCAAUUCAUUAAGAAAAUGUGGGGGGAUCAGUUUGGAGAAUUUGUAUGCGGACAUUGGGGCUUAAAGGGUUAAGUACUCUACUUGCAAUUGGUAUUCAAUAGCAAUAAGUAAAAAUUGCCAUUGACACAGCUACUUGCGUUCACCACCAGAUCCUGUUAUGGUAAUUACAGAAUACGUACCUUACGGGGACCUUCUUGGGUUCUUGAGGAAAAGCCGAGGACUCCAAGACAAUUACUACAAAGACCCAGAUAUCAAACCUCAAAGUUCGUUGAGACCGAAGCAACUCUUUGGGUUUGCUUGGGAUAUUGCUAACGGGAUGGAAUUUUUGGCUUCAGAAAAGGUAUGUAUGUUAUGGGAUAUAAACGAUCAUGGUGUCGACCUACUCGCUGCUAAACAGAAAAGCGAAAGCUUUGCGACUAGCAUGUCAUGGAUCCGGGGAAAAGUGUCCUUUGCGCUGCUUAGAUCAUCAUCAUUUUUUUUAAGAGGCUCCCGAGUUUCUAGAAGAGUCAAUUUAGAACUGUCGGACACUGACUUAGAUGUUGAAAAAGGACUCGCAAACAUUCAAUACGGACAUGCAUCGAGAACGCUAUUUUAUUCCUUCUCUUAGUCAGAGUACGUUUACCUUUGAAAAUAUAUUUUUGAAAAAUCAAAAUGAAUUGUUUUUAAUUGAAAUGAAACGUUUUUAAUUCGAAUAUUUUUUAAUUGAAAUGAAUUUUUUAAUCUAAAGUUUUAAAGUGUUUUGUUUUAAUUGAAAGCAACUGUAAAUAGCUACUUUGACGGAAUAAUUUUUUUAAAGCGAAAUUUAAUUGUUAAUAGGAUUAUCUAGUUAGCUUUGUUAUCAAUGAAAGAUUAUUUUUACUUUCAUAUAAAAAUACUCAGAUUGAAACAUUGAAGCGCCCUUUUCUCCGCACUUCGAUUUUCAGUAUCAACGUCUAGUACAGUAACAGUGUUUUUCAGCUUAGGAGAAUUUUCCUCGACUGCGUACGCAGGUUUGUGUAAGUGUUGAAUGGAUGUCUAAUACGCCAAAUAUACUGUAGAGCAGGAACCUUAAAAGAGCUGCCAUUACAGAAGUUCUGUUCUCUUUUGUAGAUACUGCAUCGAGACCUUGCAGCUCGAAAUGUUUUGGUAGGAGAUGGACAAAUCUGCAAAAUUACAGAUUUUGGCUUAGCUAGAGAUGUGUUCCAGGAAGACCUGUACAGGCGAACUGCAACGGUAAUGAGCGAGAGUUAAGCAGUUUAUUGGAUAGAAUAAUAAAGUGAUAAUGGAGGGACAGUUUGUGAAGAAACUACAUUCCACUACGAGGUUCUACUAAUUGUUUACUUGUUAGGGUGGGGAAGUGAGCCUAUUGGCAAUCUGCCGAUUUGUUACAUUUUUUUUCUUUGUUUGUUUUUUGUUUUUCAUUUCGUGAAGGAAAACGUUAAUUUAUUUGUAAAAUUGUGAACAUAACUGCAAGUUAAAACAACCUAUUAAAAAAUAAACAAGGAAACUGUGCUGAUCAUUAGUUGAAUUUCGUCUCAUACGUAGGGUCGUCUUCCUGUUAAAUGGACAGCAUUUGAGUCAUUGAUGUACGGAAUAUGCACAACGAUGAGUGAUGUGUAAGUUACUUCCGUAUUAACUUAUUGAAAAGGCUUGCCAUAUGAUAACUUUAGGCCCUGUGCAAUUUAGGAGAGCUUUAUACAUUAAGCUCAGCUGGACGGCGCACAUCGCGUUGACUUCCUUGUAAUGGGACAACCAAAAUUUGUAGAUGCAACUGAAGACAAAUAUCCCACCUUUUUACCCUUGGCGGAUUCACAUGACAGCCUAGAUUACUACAUGAAAAAGGCAUUACUAUUAAAGACAAUAUAACAUAAGGCUAUUACUGCUGGUGCCUAACUUAGUCUUUUUUUCUUUCAGAUGGAGUUAUGGAAUUGUUAUGUAUGAGAUAUUUACUAUAGGUAAGAGAAAAAAAUUAAUUAAUGUUGCGGUGCGCUCACAAAGCGGACCUUGCUCUGCAAGAAAGCGGGCCGGUCCCACCUUACCGGUAUGUACCAUAACUCGGAACAUCCUAGCCACCGGGAAUAUCAAAAGCAAGUUCAAUUAAUUAAGUGAACGGUGAAAUUUUUUCUUACCUUUCGCCUUUCCAUGACAAUUUUUAUUGCUUAUAAUUGAGUUUCCCCUGUUUUGAUUUGACUUUUUUUUUGAUAGGAGGUGUUCCUUAUCCUAAGGUAGACGGAAAAGCUCUCUCAUCGUUACUUCAGGAAGGUUACAGAAUGCCCAGGCCAUCGCAUUUAGAUACAAAACUGUAAGUUAAUGUUGGGCUUACUUUUGUUGUCUUCUUUGCAAUUAAGUCAUGCAAACACUUAUUAGCAAUGCAAAGCUGGCCAAUUAUACCUUUCGAUAAGAACACAAUAAGGAAUGUCUAUGUUCCCUGGCUUAAUUUAUCUCAAUCUGAGGUAAGAUCAAGUGAGCUCUGUUAAACUGCACCAAUGUGUCGAAAGAUGGAAAAAAUCUGGCCACAGAUCUGUAAGCAUGUUGCCUGCGUAAUAAUGAUAAAGGACAUUAAUGUCUGUCAAUGAUGAUUCGUUCCUAGUAUCUCUGGUAUACAUAUUAAGUAAUUUAACAGCUCGCUCUAAAAAUUAGCAAAACCUCUUGUCUAAGAGUACACUCAGCAGGAGAGUAGACAUUACUCGUACAGUCAGGGGCUUACCCAGGCAUUUUUUCCGUUUAAGGCUAGGAAGUUAACCAUGACAAUAACAAUAAUGAUGAUGAUGAUUAUUAUUUUGUUUGACACGUUUAUAUGGUACAAAUUUAACCGGGAGCCAUAUGGCUGGACCGAAAAAGAAUGCCAAAAUCAGUACUUUUAAAGGAAAGUUUGAGUUUCAGCAUUAAUUAUUAACCACCAGUCAAUCAAAUGCAAGUCUUCUUGGCUUGUUUUUGUAAGAAAAUCACUGAUAACUCUUUCCCAUGAGUCAAUGUGCAUCUCUUUACAUGCGUGCAAGAGGGCUAAGGAUGAGAGACGAUCUGUUGACAUCGAGGAUCACAUCUACGUUUUUACCCUCCUCGUGGCAUUUAAUGACGAUCUUUGGCUUCGCAAGCUGUGGCUUCACAAGCGUCUCAAUAAAUUUAUCAUGAAACUAUAAAAGCAAGCAGAAAAAAAGCAGACGGCCCAGGAUAGACGUCCUAACCUAAGGAGUCUGGGAACUGCUCAUAGAAAGCGAAACAGCGACACAACAGCGUUAGUUCAAGCAAUUAUAAUAGAUAUUCAGAACGGAAAAAGUAAAUUUCCCUCUGAGGACUGCAAAAGGUGCUGCCAACAGCAGACUCUUCCUUCUAGAAUUGCCCAUUUUUAGUUCGAUCGAGAAAAAUAUUUUCAGAGUACUUGUCAUGAUAACCUGCACUUAUCAUUUUUGCUCAAUUUCCUGUUAAGCCUGGGGUUAAUAACUUAAAUUAAGGCAGCUACGCCACUCACGGUUGUGUCUUAUUUUCCUUAAAUUAUUCUCUGUCAUAUAGUUAUGACGUCAUGAAGUCCUGUUGGGAUAAAAAACCUGAGGAACGACCUUCGUUUACAAAGCUCAGGAAAAUGAUGAAAGCGAUGGGCGAUGAGAAGGAGGUAACCUAUUAGAAAAAGAGACUUCAAAUUAUGUAGGGUAUCAAUUCAAAUUGGAAACAUAGCCAUACAACUUUAGAUCAAAUAAAAGGAAGGAUUAUCAUUCGAUGCAGAUUUUUCUUAAUUUUCAUUAAUCCGGGAGCCCACCACGUGACCUGAUAAUAACUACUUACAAAUAAUGGUCUGCUCUCGAGCAAUGUCGUCUAACUGUGUUUGGCUGCAAAUAAUAUUCUGCUCAUGUGUAAAUGAAAUCACGCUUUUCUCCGCUCUUGGGUGAAAAUGCAAACUUCCCGAAGAAAUUUAUCAAAAAAACAAACUCGGUGACUGAAUGAUAAAACAAUUUUCGAACUCGGUUAUCCGAAAAUAUCGUGAUUUGUCAGUGUCUCACAGAUCAAUUAUUUACCUCAGCCGAAUAAUUGAUCUGCCCGCCAUUGACAAAACAAAAUAUUUUGCUCAACCUCGUCCAACAACUGUUAAUUAUUUUGUAUCCAUCGUUAGGUAUAUCAGUAUCCAUUAGUCUCACUUGUUGACUUUUAAUUCACAGUCUUACAUCAACCUUGAAGACUACGACACAAAGCUUUACCAGAGCCUUGACGAGUUGGAUGCUUAGCUUGCAUCGAAAUGAAUUUAAAAGUGUAACUUCAGCCAAAGGAGACCAAUAGGUCAGGUGUAUCUAUGAAGGAGUGGUUGCCAUGGACGCCCCUCAAACCAAACUUCUGUCAUAUAUUAUCUCUAGGACGCUUAUGCUUAGACGCAUUUUUGCCAAAUUUGUUGGCAUGACAUCGAGCCAUUUUAGUGGCUUCAUAAUUAAUAAUUAUUCCACAAGUGCGCGCUGGAUAUGAGUUGGCUAUAAUCAUCUCAUAUCAAACAAGCGCGAGUGGAAUAAUUGUUUUAUUAAAACGCCCACAAAUAUCGAGAAUCCUUCCCGACUUUUGUAACAACAACCGAUUUUCAACUUGCUUUAUUUUGAGCGGACGCGUAGAGUUAGCAUAUUAGGAGAGCAUGGUAUAAUGGCUCAUAUACCAUGAUGGCUAAGCCAAUUAGAGCUCUAAAAAUGCAUUAUCCAGUGAUUCAGUUUUUAAUAAUUAUACCGUUAGUCCAUAGAAGUGACGUCGUAGGGCGCUUUCCAUUCAACUAAAACUUUCGAUAAUUUGUAAGCAGCGGAAAAUGGUACAAAGAUUUCUUAAAAAAUUUUCUAGAAAAUUCCGGAAACCGGUUAAAUGUCCGAAAUGCAAAUCAUUCAACUUAAGGUUCUAGAAAUUCCGGAAACAAAAUUGAAUGGAAAGAAAACUUCCCGGAAAAAUUGUCGGAAAUUUGGGUAUACCUCCCAAGGUUGUCCUCGUUUUGGAAAUUUUUGAAAAUGCUGUUCCAUU